GAAUUGCUUGGGUGAAAGGUGAAUGUAAGUAGCUCAAGCUGAAGGAUUUCGAGGAGCAAAAAUGGAUGAUGGAUUUUUUUCAGGUGCUUUGCACGAAAGUAAGGCGGAAUACGUACUGAGCAAUGUUGCAGAAGUAGUUGAAAGAAUAUUGACAUUCGUACCAACAAAGUCACUCCUUCGAAUCGAAAGUGUCUGCAGACUGUGGAGGAAUUGUGCCCGUAGAGUCCUAAGGACCCAACAGAAGCUAACGUGGAUCUCAGCUUCAGGACCGUCAAACCCAGAAGGACACGCUCUGUGUCACAGUCUGGCUGAUGAAGUGGAGAAUGUAUUCCUGCUACCUAAAACAGUUCUGGUCAUGGUUGACAGUGAGACCUUCAAUGGGCAAUACUGCUGCUUUAAGCAAAAGAAAGCACGGAAAAGCCAUCAAAGUCCAGAGACAGUGGAGGAUCUGAGUCGGCUGUUCCCCACUGGGUGUGACGUCAUGGGCAUCGCAACCCCUGGGGUUGUUUUAACUCCCAGUGGCUCCCACUCCGGUCCUCCUCAGGAGCACCAGGAAGGGGAGGCAGGCUAUGCCAUCAUGUUCCCCAGCAUGGAUGGAGUCAACAUACGACCCUUCCACUUCUGCAAACAGACCAUCUCCCAGACAGCCCUGGAAGAAGCAGGGUUGGUGGACAACCCUGACCUGCGAGUGGUCCUGCUGUUUGGCUACGAGGCCUACAAGUCUGGUGCUGCUCGCUUCCUCAACCAGGUGUUGGAGCCUCUGGCCAAGAGCAAGGCUCUCAUAGCUGGAGGACACGUGGAGAAUGUCUUUGCCCCGGCAAGAGGAUGCUGUAACCAGGGCUCAUACGGUGUAGUGGGGCUGGCCCUGAGCGGGCCCAAGAUCCAGGGUGCCUCGGUCCUCCUGGAGCAGGACGUGAGCAGCCCCAAGGCAGCCGAGGCCACCAUCCAGAGGCUGAAGGCAGCCAACCUCCCAGAGAGGAACACCCUGGGCUUCAUGUUCGCCUGCGUGGGCCGCGGCCACAACUACUACAACAACCAGCGCAAUGUGGAGGCCGACACCUUCCGUAAGGUAUUCCCUAACAUCCCCCUCUUUGGCUUUUUCGGGAACGGAGAGAUUGGCUGUGACCGCAUUGUCAAAGAGGACUACACGCUGUGUGAUACCGACACUGACAGUCUGCAGCACGGAUACACCACCGUAAUGACUUUGGUUCACCUAGGCUGACUUGGCUCUGCAGCGACUGGACCUGCGUGUGUCUCUCAGGCAGAGACAUCCGGAGCAACAACGGUAUGGAGAUAAUGUUGUCGCCUCACAGCCAAUGGUAGACAAUGGUGCUAUUGAUGUAUCAUAGCUGUACUAUUCAAGCUUGUGUUUGCCCAGUUACAACAUUCAACUCAAGUUAAUUCUGUCAAAAUUGUGUUCUACCUAAUUUAAUUCAAGAUAUGACCUUGAUUCAAAUGUUGCGUUGUAGUUUUAAGACCGAAUACAAACUUUUCUUGUUAUUCUUAUAAAUGCGGAUAUCAUCUCAUUCCUCUGUCAUGUUAGGGUUUAUGGUGAGUUCUCCAUGUACAAAAUAUAUAAAUUUAUAUUUUCCCCUCUGUGUAAUGCACAUAUUCCAAGCAUAUCCAACUUAUACUUUGGACCAGAUGGUUUGUUGGACGUGUGGUCAGAUAAGUUGUCAACACAUACAUGAAACCCCAAACUAGAGAUAUCAGAAUAGGCACUUUUACUCAGUCAAUAUUGGAAAAGAGCUUUUGCACAAAUCAAGACUCUCUAGAUCUGAGAGUUUUUCCCAUAUAUUUUCUCCCUAUGUAACAUUCACAGGAAUCUUAGAUAUUCAAAACGUAUUCUACCUAAGAAAACUUACACAAUUAUUUAAGUGGUGGAAACCUUCCAUCGUCCCUCUCUUUGGAUCUUUCCAUGUGAGCCGGUCCAAACAUAUGGUAAUACUUUAGAACUAAAUGUUUUACGGUUAUAUUUUCUGGUCUGGUUUCACUUGAGUUAUUCUUCUGUCCACAGGGUAGGGUAUUCCACACUGAUGUGAGCACAGUGGAAAUACUCAACCAUGUCAGUACAAAAAAGGGUGUUUGAUGUGGCAUAAUGAUGCAGAAGACAUUAGUUUGUUGUGAAACUUUUUUUCAAACUUAUCAGAUCAAGUCUUAACAUUUAGAUAAUGAGACUGAAACCUUCUUGCACAAAACCUAUUUGUAAUUAAAUAUUUUGGUUCAUGUAAAAUCUUCCCCUUAUGAGCCAUUCAAGUUUGCACCUUGUUCAUAUAGUAUGCUGUUUCUGUUGUGUUAAGAUGACAGUACUGAGGAAUAAUGUUUUGUAUAGGCUACACGUAAACACAAUUGUUGAUGUUUUGAAAUCAAUGUGCAAUUGACUAACCAAUAUAAAUUGGGCCUCGCAGUUUGAUUUCUCAUAUGGAUCUAUUAUUCAUUUAGAACAACAUUGUUACAGAUGUGAAAGACCUCACACUUUUCAAUUACUUUUACACAAUCUUUUAAAACGGUUCAACUGUACCGUGAAUCUGUAUAUAUUAAUGACUGAGCAAAUUGUUGAAGUUAACCUCUUCUUUUCUAUAUGUGCCAAAUUCUGAUGUAUUUCAUUCCCGCCUCAAUAAAUGACAGCCGCUAUUUAA